UUGAUUCACGAAGCACACGGAAAAGUCCGAGACAAACAUUAUUUAGACUCAAGCUACAGGAUGCGGAUGCUUUGCUUAAUUGGUUGCCUUAUGGCGCUGUCCACUCAGAUAACCAGAGCUCAACUGUCCCCAACACCGGACCAAGUUAUUGAGAUGCGUGCAGCUCUUGAGCAACACAUCGAGGGCCUAACAGGCCCAGGGGGUGAUCACCCACGUAUUGGGGGAUUAGUCCGCCUUGCCUUCCAUGACUGUGUGGGUGGAUGCGAUGGGUGUGUUAAUUUAGCAAACCCGGAUAAUGCUGGCUUGAGACCUUACAUCCGGGAUCUCGAAGUCGUAUAUGCCAACUUUGAUGACGUUAUUUCACGUGCUGAUUUUUGGCAGUUAGCUGGACUUGAAGCUUUGGAUCGAGCUUCAGAGACUGAUUCCCCAGAUAUCCCUUUCUUGGUUGGACGAGUCGAUUGUUCCACAUCCCCAGACACUUCUGACUUAGAGGCGUUCCCAACUAAUGGAGGACACGGUAACCUCGGCAACGUGCUAGAUUUCUUCCAGUCUGAAUUUAACCUAGGUGAACGAGACGCUGUUGCUCUACUAGGGGCCCAUACCUUGGGGAGAGCACGAACCGGAGCAUCUGGUUUCAAUGGACCUUGGGUGGGGAAUCCAGAUUUAUUCGACAAUGCGUACUACCGAGAUCUCCUGAACGAAAACUUGAUGUGGAUUCAAACUAACAUCAAUCCAACAGGUGAAGACAGGUGGCAGUGGGUACAUGGUCGUGCUCCUGGUGGUCCUCGAGGAAAGCGUCAAGUAGCUGGAGGAGGUCCAAUGAUGCUUAACUCCGAUAUGUGUCUCGUUAAAGACAUCACAGUUGAUUCUGACGGAAGGUCCAGUUGUAACUAUUUCUCGUGUGCCGACUCACCAACUCUCUCUAUUGUUGAAGAGUAUGCCAACAACAACGCCCUCUGGGUGAGCGAAUAUUCCAGGGCUCAUGCCAUUAUGACGUCCAACGGCUACAACUCUGAUGAUCUAAGAAUCCCAGGCACAAAUGUGGACGAUGAUUCAGAUGAAGAAGAAGAAGAAAUUAUUGAAGCCAUCGAAGCUAUCCUUGCUGCCGGUAGACCUCAAGGGGGUCAGCCUAGAAGAGGCAGAAGACCUGGUCGAUAA